AUGGGAUAUGCAUACAUGUCAUCACAAUUCCGCAAGAUCUGGACACAAACCACAGAGCUAAAGAGCAAAUCACCUGCAAACCCCCUUCAGGAUCCAAUCGAAGUGUCGUACCGGUCGGUGCCAGGGGCAUCAGGCGGGGGUGUCUUCCAGAUGGGUGUUCUUCGCCGCUGUUCUCCUGCCAUGGAAGCUGCUCUACUAGCUCUCUUCCUUGAGCUAUGCGUCGGCUGCCAUGGAUUCAAAAAGAGCUCCUACCAAAUAAAGGCGGCGUUUUCCUUCGCUACUUUCUCCCAGCUCGAUCUGCUGGCGCCCAAAGUCGAUUCGUUGGAUUGCAUACCUCUCUGCAAUCCCACGGAUCUCCAACACAGCUUUCGAGCAGAGCAGCAGACUCUACGUGUGCGUACCAUCGCUGCCAAAAUCCUGCUCGCCGCGGAGGGGGAUUUCACAGGCGUCCUCCUGGCGCUCGUACGUCUACACCGUGAUGAGGACAUGCCACCGGUUACUCAAGUUUCACAUAUGUAUGAAGGUCUAAUAACGCGUAGCCGUGCAAAAUUACUCCAAAAAGAGGUGAACUCACUCUUAGCUGAAAUUAACUUUGACAUAUUUGAGAAUGUUAUACUACCUAAGCAUUCUAUUUUGGUUGUACUUAGGCAUACAAAUAAAGAGGAGGAUGUUACUCUACAUCGGACCAGCACUGAGAAAAACGGACAACAGUUCGGACCAUCGAAAAAUGACAGAUCGGACCAGUACAGUGAAAAAUAG